UUGACAAACUAUCGAUUAAUACGGAGCCUAUCGGGCGUGCUUACAACAUUCAUGUUUUAAAAACAGUCUCAAUUAUCUUAAAAUAUAUAUAAAUAUAUAUAUUUAAAUAAAAUUUGAUAGGAAAUUAGUGCAUUUUACAUUUCUGCAAUGUGUUUGUAAAAAUUAGACAAAAAUUAAAAUACAAGCAAAAAACCAAAUAGUAGUUCCACUGAACAUGUUCCAAAAUGAACAUAUGAAUGUAAACGAUUACUUAGAUACCUUCAGAGCGAGAAACUAGUUGUCUUCAUAUUUGAAUUACAGUAAUAAAUACGCAAGGAUACACAUUUACAAUGAAUAAGGACAAUUCCAGCAUGCAAAUGGAUCCAGAAUUAGCAUUGCGCCUGCUAGCAGAUGGCGCCGUUUUGGUCAUAGCCGGCGUUCCUGUGGGCACAGAGUUUGGCAUUGACUUGUGCUCGUAUACCAUUGGUCCAGAUUUUCGUGGCGUUAAAAUGAUACCGCCAGGUGUGCAUUAUGUGUGGUGCGCAUCCCACGGUCCGUAUGGCGACGCUGCGCCUCGUGUAGGCUUCGUCCAUUUCUUUCAUCCUAAUGAGAUUCUUGUACGUGAAUGGGAUAUUGAAUUGGAGGAGCUGCGACCACGUCAGACAGCAGAUCCGGAGCUAGAGCGUACCCGUAUAAGAAAGAACUUAGCACAACUUGAGCGCGUUCUGGCCCCGUACGACUAUCGCUAUGUGUGUAAGUGGAAAGAUCUAACUGGCAGCGUUACAGAGGCGUGCGUAAAUCGCUGCCGCCCAGAAUUGGGAACAAUUCGUACUAACAUUGAGCUAGAGUCCUGUACGGAUGCUGACAGGCCACGUGGUGGAGCGGACAACAUCAGCAAACGGAAUACAGCUGCCAAGUUGCUGCUGGAUGAGAGUGAGAUGCUGCCUUACUUGAAGCCCGUACAGGGCACUGCGCCACGUUUCUGUGCUGUGCCCACACGUGUUCCACAGAAUUCACCUCCAGCGGAUGUUUCGCGACAUGCGAUGGACUGCAUAGCAGCUGUGGACAUACUGUUCGAAAAGUUAGAAAACAAUUCCGAUGCACUAAUUGAGGAGGUGCAGCUGGCGUUUGUGUUCUUUUUAGUUGGCUAUUCAGUGGAAUCUUUGGACCACUGGCGGAAGGUGCUUGCCUUGCUGGCACACUCGGAGACGGCUGUUAGCAAAUACAAACUAGCCUUUAUGAAAUACAGCGAAGUGCUGGCCCAUCAACUGCCGCAUCUGCCUGAGGAGCUGAUGGCGCCUACCAUGCACAACACAGUCUACAAAGAUGUUCGCGAGCUGCUAGUAAAUCUCCACGCUGGUGGUCUCAUGGUAAACGCUGAGCGCCUUAUGAAGAGACUGGUCAAGCAGCUAAACUGGCAUUUUGAGGGCUUACUCGACGAGGAUCCGGAAGAACAACCCGUGAUAAUAGAGCUGCCCCAAUAAGGCGAGAAAAUCUGGACGCCCUAACGAAGUGAAUGCUGAGUGCGCAAAUAAUUCCAAAGGUCUCGGGCCGUGCGUAUGCUGACCAUAAACUGACACAGCUUCGUUUCUAUCAAGCAGAGUAUCAGGAAUUUGGCUCUCUUAUCCUUCAGCAGUGACUGCAAUUGAUUAACUGGGGCAAUAAAUGAGAGCUCUAAAUGGAAUAUUGGACAAAUAGCUACCUCUUCAUUGUUCUCCGGUCCAUUCUCAACAACCGUCCAUAGAUCUUCGGACUCCAAAUACGCACGCACUGUCAUCGACCACGCUUUGUAAUUAUCCAAGCCUUUCAACUUCUCAAUUUGCAGUUGCAGCGUCAUUUCCCAAUAUUUUGUUGUCUCAAGACCUACCGACGUUUUGCAAAUAAAUCGUUAGGCCUUUUGGCUUCUCUACUUUGUGCUGCUGUCUGCCAAUUUGCCUAGAUUUUCAUAUUUAGAUAUAUGUACAUAUAAGCAAUUGUAUAUGCCAUAUGACAUGCCGUAUCGUAUAGUAUGUGGCGUACCUCUUUUGUUAUGUGCUUGCGAUGGUGGUGACGGUGGUGGUGGUGGGCUAUUCGGAUGGUUGGCCAUACACAGCCCAAACAAUGGCCACUAGACCUAGUUCCACUGCAGUUGCAAGUGUAUUCAAUGCCACUGGCUUUGACAUUGAGCUGAAGUAGACUCGAGCACUUUGAGAUGCGGUCCUACUGCAUUGUAUUGACACAUGUUCCAUGAUUUUCCCUUCACGCCAAUUUAUGUUGUUUUCCAUGUUUAAAUUAAUUUAAAUUUGUAAGUCCCACACCAAAUCCUGAAUAAGCUAAAUAAUUUUGUAAUAAAAUUAUCAUAUUAAAUAUAUUAAACAAUAUCUGCA